GCACAUAAAAUUAGAUUGAGAGAACAAUGGAUAACCCUAAACAAACUUUUGGUAGUUUAACAAUUGUUCUAUGUUUGCUUCUUGCUGGGGUUAUUUUGUUGUUCCAUUGGUCCUCCUCCAUCUCCAAUGAGUUAUUCCUAAUCCACAAAGAACCACUAUGCAAGAAAUCAAACUUUAACAAUUCAGACAUUGAAGAAUGUGGGGAUACCCUAGACUGUGCAUUAGCGAAAGCUUCAAUGGGAAACAAAACAGUGAUAAUAGCUAUGGUGAAUAGGGCUUAUGUGGAGCAAGAUGUGGAGAGUGACACCACCAUGCUUGAUAUAUUUCUCAACAGUUUUUGGCUGGGAGAAGGAACAAGAUCUCUCAUUCAUCACAUUCUUUUAGUUGCUGUUGAUCAAAUUGCCUAUGAUCGAUGCCAGUUUCUGAAGCUCAACUGCUUCAGAUUGGAAACAGAUGGUGUUGAUUUUGAAGGUGAGAAAGUUUACAUGUCUCAAGAUUUCAUCAAGAUGAUGUGGAGAAGAACACAGUUCCUCUUGGAUGUUCUCAAACGUGGCUACAACUUCGUCUUCACGGACACUGAUGUAAUGUGGUUAAGAAACCCAUUUACAAGGUUGAGCAAGAAUGAAAGAGAAGACCUUCAAAUAAGCACAGACAUGUACAAUGGUGAUCCUAGGUCAAAGGAAAACCUAAUCAACACUGGAUUUUACUUUGUGAGGUCAAGCAACAAGACCAUCUCCUUGUUUGAAACAUGGUAUGAUGAAAAGGAUAAUUCCACAGGAAAAAAGGAGCAAGAUGUGCUUCUUGACCUAAUUAGAAAUGGUAUUAUUGAAAAAUUGGGAAUUAGGGUUAGGUUUUUGGAUACCCUUUAUUUCAGUGGAUUUUGCCAAGAUAGCAAGGAUUUUAGGGCAGUCACCACUGUCCAUGCCAACUGUUGUAGGAGCAUCAAUGCAAAGGUGGCAGAUAUGAAGGUUGCCCUAAGUGAUUGGAAGAGGUUUAAGAGGUUGCAACCUAAUUCUACACUGAAUAUUCCUCAAUGGACUAAGCAUGAUUGGUGUCAAAAAUCUUGGGGGAAGACCUAGAAAAAAAAAAACCCAAUUUUUGUAUGGAGCAUAUUUCUCUUAAUUUAAAAGGUUAAUAUAUAUUUAUAUGAGUUUUUCUUU